AUGAAUUCAAUUAUAAUCAUCUUAAGCACUUUAAUAGUAAGCUCUUUAGCAUCAGUGACUAUAGUUUAUGACCAGAAGAAUAAUACAAUUUAAUAGGCAGCUAAUACCAUAACAUUCAACAUUACUACAAUCUUUCCAACUUCUUCAGAUAUAUAGGUGGAUGUUUAAUUGCCUAAUCAAAUACUUGGUUAAGAAAAUAUUGUUUGUGGAAUAACAGGAUUAACUAAUGGAGCAUGUAAUUUAGUAUAUAGUAAGUUUAUAAUAACAUUCAAGUCUGCCACACCUACAUUCUAAAUCAUUUUUAUUAAUAUAAACAACCCAUUAACUACAUUUACUGAUCCAGUUCAAUUGAAUGCUUCAGUUAUUGCAACAAAAUCAUUAAUUUUCACAUAACUUGUUUAACUCUAAUUUUAGCCCAAAAAUAUUCCUAUAUCAAUAAAUCAACCAACUACAACUUAUGUAGCUGCUCCUUUAAUAAUAAAUAUUGAUGGUACUACCAUCACAUAUCCAACUUAAUCUUAAAUAGUAAUAACAACAAAUGGUAUAUUGGAAAAUCCAGUUUAAUUAAGUGGAAUUGUUUUUAAUAAUAUAAAACAAUAAGAGAAUAAAAUAAUCAUCAGUAAUGUUUAAUUGCCAUCUAACUCUUAAACUUCGAUCAACAUUACAAAAUUGACUAUUCCAUCUAAUGAACCUAUAAACUAUAAAAUAGAGAUCUUAGAUUCUAAUAAUGGAUAUUUAACAACUUUUUCGACUACUUAAACUAUUUAAAAUAUUAAUAACAACUAUGAUUACACUUUGUCUGUAGACAAUUAAAUUGUUGGAAUGCCAACAACUAUGAAAAUUGUAUUUUGCAACCUACAUUCAUAAAGUCAAUUUUUGUUUUCCACAUAAAUUUUGACAUUAAAAUAUGUUACUACUUUUGAAUCUUCUUGUCAUACAACAGUAUUUGAGCAAUUUUUCAAUCCUCUUUCAUUAAAUAAUAUUAAUUUUGAUUUAAAAGUUACUUUAAAUAAUUAUGAUAGCAUAAGAAGAUCCAUCUUAUAUAAUCCAAUUAAAGAUAAUAUAUAAAUGACACUCUCUUAGAAUACAACUAUAAUGUUAAAUUAUGCACUUGUAAUUUUAAAUUUAUAGUUAAAUUAAUAAUAUACUAACUUUUUUGUUGAAUUAACAAAUUAAUAUGUAACAAAUAGUUGCAAAAUCUAGGAUUUGGAAUGUUCUUAGUCAAAUAAUAUCUAUAAAUCUAGUCUAUUAGAAUCAAAAUUAAAUAAAGUAGUAAUAAGAUUAGAGAUCCUAUUACCUGGUUGUGAUUCUUAUUUAUUUUAGGCAAGACUCUUUUAUCAAAAUUAAGAGUUGGCUAGAUCUAAUUAAUUAGCACCUCAACUUGUAAAAUACAAAUUAACUUCUACAUUAGAUACAUCUUCUUUUAAUAUUGGAGAGGAAGUAGAUUUUACAAUUAAUGGUCUGGAUUCUACAUAAAUUACUACAUAUUACAUAACUACAACUUUGCCUAAUUUUACAUGUUAGGAUUGUAUCUAAUUCGAAAAUUAAUUACAAUAUGGUUAAGUUAAUAAUAUUUAAUUUUCAGCUAUUAACUUUCAAAACAUAAAACCUUACACUAUUAAAAUAAUAGCUUACAAAGAUUAAUGCUUAAUUGCUGAGUAGAAUUUUAAAUAAGCAGCUAUUCCACAGCCAUUGUAAUUAUCAGUUAUUACUGAUAAUAAUUACUAAUUAGCAUAAGGUAAUUGGUAAAUAACUAUUACACCUGAUUUGUAGGAUAAAGGAGUUUUGAAAAUUCCAUUUAUAUUACCAAAUAAUCAAGAAAAUAAGAUUAAUGCUUCAUCCAUGUAUAUCAAUAAAACGCAAUAUUCUUUAAAUAUGACAAACCAAUACUUAGAAAAAGAAGAGAACUAUUGGGAAGUAGCAUAUUACAGAGAAGGAUUUAUAUAUGCAUAGGGAAAUUUAACAUUGCCAAAAUUAGAUAUUAUGGAAUUUAAGAAUGUGAGGAUCAAAAAAUAAAAUACAUUAUUAAAUGAAUCUGAUAACAUAUCAAUAACUUUUGAUACAUAUUUUGAUAUACCAAUAAAUGGAAAAUUGCAAUUAGAUGUCUCAAAUUUAUAAGUAAACAAUAUUACUUUAAAUGGGUAAGAUUUAAGUAAUUUAGUUUAAAUUCCAAAAGGAAAUUAAACACUAAAUUUUACAAUAUAAUUCAUCAAUCCUAUUAGCAAUUACACUGAUUUUUUUAAUCUUACUUCUUUUAAUGAUUUAGGAUAGAUUUAAUAAAAAUCUAAUAUAAGGUAUUCUUUUAAUUAUGAAUGCGGAAUUGAUUAAUGUGGAGUUUGUAAUUUAAAUGAUUGUAUAGCAUGCAAAUCUACUUUUACAUUAAUAAAUAAUACUUGCUAAUUAAUAUGUAAAGAGAAUCAAAUUAUUGUAAAUAAUUCCUGUGUAAAUAAUUAAAGUAGUAACAAUAAUAUAAAUGAUACUAAUCAAUAAAAUAAUAAUAAUAAUCUCCUAAAUCCAAAUAAGAAAGUAGAAAUAACAAGUAAUAAUGAAGAGGUUACAUUUAUUUUUACUCCUCCUGUAAUUAGUCCAAUUGUAGUUAUUAUUUUUUUGUUUGCUUUGUCUCGUAAGUGUUGGUGUAGUGAAUCAGAAACCUUUAUAAUAUUUUAUUCUUUAGCAUCUUUGAUGGAACAUAUAAUCCAUAUAUUUUUAUUCAUUUAUUUUUUUGUAACCCUGGAUUUAAUAUAUGGAUUUUGUAUGAUUUCAGUUAUAGUUAUACAUUUUUCAUCUUAGAUUUACAUAGUUUUCAUGAAUUUAUUUAAGAUAGAUCCAGAGUAUAUUGGAAUUCGUUAAUAAAGCAAUUGGUUUAAGUUGCUCCAUAUUAUUUCACUUACAUUUUGUGGAAGGUUGUUAUUAUUAUUGAUAAGUAAAUUUGAUUAAUCUUAUGUUUGGUCAACUCCUUGGACAUUUAAAAUAUCUGUUCUUUAAAGAUUAUAAAAUUAUCUGAAAUUUCAAAUUAUGGCUUAGAUUGGUGUUUUAGUAUUAGUUAUAUUGGCAAUUUUGUAACAACUUUUUUUACUUUAUAUUGAAAUUCUUAGUUUUUAAAUAAUCCAAGUUGUGGUUACUUUAUAUACUUUCAAUCAUUUGAGAAAUCAAAAAAAUUAAGAAAUUAGAUAUACAUAUGUUUGA